AUGGCCGUAGUUCUCCGUUCAGAUCCGCUCUCUCGGAUCCACCCCGAGCCCCAAACCCUAGAAUUCGACCACUCGUUUUCAACAAGACCGGCGAUGUCAAGGCCCUUGGUCGUUGCUGUGUUGUUUCCAAGAGGUUCCAUUCCCUCGUUCCCGACGAUUGCGUCAUCUCCGACGACGAAUCCUCAUCCCUCUCUUCCGAUAAGCCUCAAUCUGCCGCCGCCGGUCCCUUCUCCGCCAUCUUCCGUCUCGUUAGAAGCUCUGGGACAGUUCCUGGGCACGAAGCGGUCGUCUGGCUCUUCUGGAUCGUCUUCUUCUUCUUCGUCCUCUUUGUCUAUUAGUGGAGGCGGAGACGACGGAGAGAUGGAACAAGGCGGCGUCACUCACGAAAUCUUCUGCUUUGUUUGCUCUCUUGUUUCAGAGAAAGGUGUGACACUUUGUGAUGAUCAGGAUCCUGUUCUGUUAUCAAGAUCCACUGUCUUUGAAGGAAGAUGUUUCCAGAAUCUUGAAAGAUGUGGUGGAGAGGGCAGAAAGGGGAAACUAAACCCUAACUUCAUCUCUGUGAUUCUUUUCGGUCUCUUCGCGAUCGCCUCUGCAAAAGUUAUCUUCGAGGAAAAAUUCGACGAUGGAUGGGUUAAAUAUGAGAACACAGCUAGAGAAUGGAGCCACACAUCUGGAAAUUGGUCUGGUAUCCAGACGAGCGGGGACUACAGAUUCUACGCCCUGCUUAGCGCUAGAGCCCUCUCACAUAAGUGGUUUUUGCUUACGGGACUUGCUUUAGUCUUUGAGUUUCUUGCCGGUUUGAUCUCAAGACCAGCGUGGUGGGAUUUAGCGUCCUUGUUGCCAUUCUCUGUAGCAUACUUUCCUUGA